AUGAAGUUUUCAUUUAAGUUCAUCGAUGUCUCUGCCCGAAUGGGCUGUAUAUCUGACAUACAGAGGCUACCAGAAUUUAAAAUGGAAACUCCGCAUGCUUUAUUGUAUACGAAAAGUGGAACAGUUCCUCAUCUCACUCCAGAUAUUAUUGAAAACAUAACUAGUGAAAAUUUAGGUCUGCACAUUCCCAUAUCUCACAUAAUUAAUAUUAGAGAUAGAAUUAAAUUAAGUAAUGACAAGAUUGCAAAAUUUAUUGGUAUGAAUGAAUUUUUAACUUACUGUUCCAUAAUAAAUCCUGGUGAAAAAAGAAAAGAAGGUUAUCAUGAAAAAGAAAAAAUUUCAUUUUGGACCAGAUUUGGAAGAAAAUGUUACUCAGCUGCAGAAUAUAUGGAAAUAAUUGAAGAUUUAAAACCAGACAUGUUUUUAAUGUUAGCUGAUGGAGACACAGAUAUAAAUAGCUUCAAAAAAAGAAAUGUGAAAUCUUAUCAAAAUACAGCUUUAUUUUUUGAUAAGUGUUUAGAAUACUACAAACAGUCAGAAAUAUUAAAAGAAAGUUAUAUGCUUGCUGCUGUUGAAGGUGGUUUUGAUCUUAAACUUAGGGAAGAAUGUAGCAAAAUAAUUGGUACAGGUCCAAUUUUUGGUGUUGUAAUUGAUGGUUUGCAUGAUUGCAGUGAGCAUGUUGCAAACAUGAAAUUCAGUGAUAUUAAGCCAGCAUUGGAUGCCAAAAAGUUAAGGAUUAUACAUGGAUGUUGGAAUCCUAGUACAGUAUUAGACUUAAUAGAUUAUGGUUUUGAUUUGUUUGAUUCUUCUUAUCCAUAUUUUAUUACAGAGCAAAAAAGAGCUCUUAUUUUUCCAAACAAAAGUGAAAUCUUUUCUUUUUCUUACACAAAUGGUUGUUAUGGGGUUAACAAAAUGCAUGAAAUUAACGGCAAAACGAUAAAAACGAAUUCAAAUCAAGAAUUAAUUCCCCCAUCGAAAAAAAAAAAAUUAACCAUUGUUCCAAAAUAUUACAUUUCAAUUUCAGAUUCUUGUUAUGCUGAUGACUUUUCUCCAUUGUUGCAAAAUUGCAAUUGCCUUACUUGCAAAAAUCACACAAGGGCCUACAUACAUCAUUUAGUAAAUGUAAAAGAAUUGCUUGGAUUAACUUUAUUAAAAAUACACAACAUUCAUCACUAUUUUGAAUUUCUUUCAACGAUUAGAAAAUCAAUGUUAAAUGGGAAAUUCAAUGAAUUAAAAAAAGACUUUCAAGCUUGGGCUCAUAAUACUUAA